CAAUGUGUUGUAGAAAUUACUGCGCUCUAUUACGUGUACUUAACAUUAGAAGGAUUAAAUCCUCGACGGUCUCCCCUGAAGCGACCACAAAUGAAGAUGUUACUUUUAUAGUGUCGCAAAUUCCAUUCUACUUCACGUUGGUGAACGUGAACAACGAAGCUUUGAAGUUGAAGAAGCAAAAGAAUGCAAGAGAGAAGGAGGUCAAAGAACGCGCGUACUAGUGCGACCAACCAAGCAACUUCUCUCCUUCGAAGUCGAAGAGCCGGGUUUUCCCAGUUCGAAGGACAGGCGUUCGAAGGAGUGGAAUCGGCCUUAAAAUCCGACCGGAUCCACCAACGCAACAUCGCGCAAUAACAAUAUGCUUAUAAAUCAACGCGCGCAUUGUAAUUUUGCUGUGAUUAGGUUUGCUAUGGCAAAACUACCACAUCUCGCGCAUUAAAAAAAUUACAACUGUUGUAAAUCGAAUAAGAAAUGUUGGAAGAUCGGAGAAAAGUAUAAGACAAAAGUAGUUGAGAAAAUGACAAUAAUUUAAUGCGUAAUUCAAAUGUACAUUAUCGGCGUAGAAAUAUGUACUUUUUGAACUUGUAUUUUUAUCAAGAAUCACAUAAUAUGAGCCAAAUUUUGGGGAUUUGCAUGCAAACAGAGGAAAACAGUCCAUUGAUCGCAGAUGAUUAUCAUCCGAAAAGACCUCGAAAUGAAGCGAUGCGUUCACCUUCCCGCUAUGCAUACCUAUAUAUAAAGACGUGCUUCACUUUCACUCUUAUUUAGUCGACGUUGAAUGUUAUGCGUGUCUGUACGUCUCUCAUUCUUGGUAAAUAUUAAAUUUGGUUACGUCAAGUGCCACUUGGCAGAUGAUAAAAAUGCGCGCGUUGUUUUCAAUUGUUUUCGCCAUGAUCGCGACGGCAAUCGCCGAGAAUGAUGAAUCUUGGACUUGGAACGAUGAUAGACAAAAGACGAGCCGAGACGUCAAUGCCAGAUAUCUAGUGCACGAGCCUUCUGAACAUUUGGAUAGUUUCGACAACGGCGUUCAUUUAGGAUUUAGACCUCAGAAUCCAGGCCCUUACGGUCCCAAUAGCAGACCGCUGGUACCGGGGUACCAAAGCAAUAACGGUGUCCUCGUGGGUCCCGGUGGACCAACAGGAAUAAUUGGCAGACCUCCUCGUUUCGAACCGAAUGGACACGACGGCAUUUUGGAUUCAGUACCGCCAUGGAUCAGAGACGAUCCACGUUAUAGCGAAUUCGACACUUGCAAAUGCAGAUACAGUUUCAACUGUCCAUCGCCCGGCUUGAAAUUCGGCCACUGCGCGAGAGAGAAGAAGUACUGUUGUUUCAACAGCAAAAGAUUCCCGGGAUUGUCUGGCGGGCAUCAAUAUCCAUAUUAUCCUGGUGCGCCACACAAGCAUAGACCGAAUGGUUUCGCGCCGACAUCGAAUUAUUACGGUAAUCGAAGACCGUACAGCGGCUACCAACAUCCGUCUUUCGGUGACUAUCACUCAAGACCCUAUAACGGCGGUUAUGGUCACCGUAAUGAGUUCGAGCCAUAUGGCUAUGAUCCGGAACUCGACGAUUAUGUCAUCUACGAGAGGUCAUUGGGCAAGAAUCAAACGCAGACAAAUGAGAAGCCAGAGACGUAUGAAAGUACUGAAAGAUAAAUAAGCAAAUUUUUGUCGCUCGAAACAUCUUUCAUUGAUCAUUCUUUAUUGUUAAUGAUGACGCCAAAGAUGUGUGACAAAGAUAUGGAUGAAAUCAAGUAAUAAAAAAAGAUUGUAGUGUCUAAUAAAAUAAUUUUAAUUAUAAAAGCAUGUAUACUUUUCGGUCCUUAUUGGACCAUCCUCGGUAUAAAGAAGAGAUCAUUUCGAUUUAGUAAUGGAUGGGGAUUCGCAAGUUCAAUAUCAUAGAAAUGAUCAUUCGAAAGAAAGAGUUGAAAGCGGUUUCCAAAAAUUCUCUAUCCUAACAAUCCUAAAUAUCCUAAUUAGAAAACAAAAUUUUCUACUAACUCGUCUCUUUUUAUAAAUAUACUCAACACUUCUGAAAGUAAGAAACUUA